AUGAAGGGAACAAUAGCAAUUGAGGAAGCCAUCAUCGACCAGGCUGGUGUGGAGGCGCAUACCUUUGCUCAAUUCCAGACCUUGAUGCGCCCAGGCAGCGACCAAACAUCCGGAUUAUCGGCUCACGAAAAGCGAUUGCUCGACAUCCACGAUGAGCGCCUGAAGAGUAUGGAUCAGCAUGGCGUAGAGUAUAUGUUGCUCUCGCUGACGUCGCCGGGAGCUCAAGGAGAACCAGAUCCAGAGAAAGCGAGGAAGAUGGCCCAAGUUGCAAAUGACUAUCUCGCCGGCGAGGUGAAGAAGAACCCAAAGAGGUUCGGAGCACUAGCGGCGCUCUCGAUGCACAAUGCGAAGGAUGCAGCCAACGAGCUGAGAAGAGCUGUGCAGCAGCUAGGCAUGUUCGGCGGGCUGGUGAACGAUUUCCAGUCGAAGGGCGCCGAUGGAGAAGAGAAGGUGUACUUCGAUACCCCGGAUUACGAUCCUUUCUGGGAGACGGUACAGGAGCUCAACGUACCGGUCUAUUUCCACCCGCGGUACGCCAUCAAGCAAGAUCUGCAGCCCGGAACAAAGUACGGUGAUCGAAAGCAUCUGCUCGGUGCUGGUGUGCAGUUUCAUCUCGACCUGAGCUGGCAUCUGUACGCCGUAUGUUCGUCCGGUAUUUUCGACCGAUUCCCGAAAGUGCAGAUCGUGGCAGGACAUCUAGGAGAAGGCAUACCCUUCAAUCUCUGGAGAGCGAGCCACUGGAUCAACCAUCCUUUCAAGCGCGGUUCCAGGCCAAUGAAGCAGGAUUAUAGUUACUACUGGACCCAUAAUGUCUCCAUCACCACUUCCGGGAACUACAACACGCGAGGAUUGAAGUAUUGCAUUGAGGAGCUCGGGCUAGAUCGAUGUCUCUAUGCGAUAGACACGCCCUACGAGACGGUCGAGGAAGGGCAGAACUGGUGGAAGACGGUGGACCUACCCGAGGACCAGAAGGAGGCUGUGGCGAGAAGGAAUGCUAUCAGGUUGUUCAAGCUUCCUCUUGAGGAAUAG